GGUAAGCUCGCCUCUGAAGUGAGUGGUGUUCCUGUUCCCCAUCAAAAUACGUCGAAUGCGUUCAUCCCCCACCGAUUCUUCGUGCUUGAAUUGAUUGAGAAGGCUGCCUACCCCGGCCUCCCAUUGCUCCGUCCUCCAUUAUUACCCAUCCGCGCUCUUCAGGUGAUCUCAACCGUGUCCAGAUGAAGGUAUCCAAUAUGCCCGUGGCUGGACAAGCCUCACGCUUCGCCUUGUUGCCCGAUGACGACACCACGGAUUGGCAGGCCCCCAAGGCCAAAGGGGCCAAGACCAAGGGGGCCAAGGCUGACGCCCAACAUGCGGCCAAGAACGGCAAGCAGAAGUCGCAAAAGAAACAGGUGGAUGAUUUGCGAUCAGCGGCUUUUGGGGUGGGUGGCAAAAAAAAUAAGAACAAGGCCAAGAAUCCGACCAAAGUCGAGGCUGGGACUGGGUCGACGCCGACGCCGGCCGUUCCCCCCAUUGAGGCCAGCCCAGCUCCGACCGAGGCCAGUCCCAGUCCGGAAUGGCAAAAGAAAGACCAGCAGUUUGUGGAUGACAAAUAUGUGAGCGAUUUGGAGAAGGCCAUGUUAGAAUCGAAGCUGACCUUUGCUCAAACGACUCAUCCUCCACCCGCCCUGCCCACGCCCAUCGAAAACGGCUCGGCCAAGACCAAGAAGCCCGUUGCUCUCAGUUUGGAUCAAUUCAACAACAUGAGUAAUGCCCAAAUCAAAAGCAUGGGUCAGACGGGGUUGGCCUUUCCCGAACCGGUCGUGGCUUCCUUGGACUCUACCCCGAACAUCGUUGACGAGGCGUUUCUGGCCACACUUUAUGAAGAUGCUAAGAAGGUGUUAAAACGGGAGAAACAAUUGGAGGCUAUCAAAAAGGGCCCGGUUGAGGACCUCUCCCUUGAGCUGCAGUUACAAAAAGACGUCAUAAGUCGUUACAAAAUAGCUCUGACCAUGAAAGAAACGACCAUUGCCAUGUUACGUCGGGAAAACGAGGAUCUCGCCGCCAACAUUGGGGCGUUAAGAAACUCCAAUCGUGAUUUGAUGACCCGCCUAUCGCAGAGCCAAGUCCGAGAUACGGCCGAGCUCAUCAAGACCUUGCAAACGGUUGAAAAGGACAAGGCUGAUUUGGUCACCGAGGUGACACGAUUGCACGAAGAAUGUGAGCAAGAAAGGACCAAAUCUCACGAAUUGGCCAAGGAGCUCCGCAAAGCGCAAACACAUCGCACAUCUUCUGUGAAGGAAUCUUGAAUUAAUUUUGAUUUUCAAAUGAAACUAAGGGUAUAAUCAAAAGUUGACGGAAUCCAUCAAGGAA